UCGAACUCCUGAGCUCAGGUGAUCUACCUGCCUCCGCCUCCCAAAGUGCUGGGAUGAGCCACUGCGCCUGGCCUAGGGGGUCUGGAUUUUUAGGGUAAGUAGGGUUUAGAUAGGAACAGGUGCUGAGCCCGAGGUGUGAAUGCAGUCACUUAAAAAACAACAGACUGUGAACAAAACAUGCAUUUUGUCACCUGCUUUACUUCAGGAAUGGAGAUGGUAGAUAUAAGGGAUGGGGGAGAUGAUAAUUUUCAGCAAAGAGUGAGAAUCUUAGGUAGGGGGGUGGUCAAGAUGGUGGAGGCUGGCUGGUACUUGGGCCUUUCAGCUGUCUCUGGUUUUCUAGAUAAGAACUAGCCAAGUUGCCAGAUCCAAGGCUCUGGGCUGAGGCAACAGGAGGUUCUCAGGAUGGGGAUACCCAGCUCUGCCACCCUCACCCCCAGUCACACUGUAUCUCACACUCUACUGCCUUCCUACAAUUCAGCCUUUCCUGACAGCGUCCCCAUGUGUUCUUCCCCCACACUCCAUCCUCACAGCUCAACUCCCCCCAUCCACAGCAAGCCCAAGGUUGGCUAACUUCUCCUUCCCAACUAGCUGCUUUUCAUGUCUUUGCACCCCAGGGCAGGGGCUGGGUGAGUAGGUUUUGAAGGUCUUUUGGGGCCAGGGACAGUUGCGGCCUACCUCGAGCAGCAGGCUAUGAAGAGGGGGCAUUUGUUUUUGGAGUGCACAGGAAGCUGACUUAUGGGUCAGCACAGCUCACCCACCUCCCAUUGUCCACCCUCUCCCUGAAGACACCUCAAGCUGCCUGUUUUCCUUCUUGGUUCUUCCACAGCUCACCUGGUGGGUAGGUAGGGGCCAGUUCUCUGCCUAGGUCAAGGGAGGAAGCAGCUCAAAUCCUGGUGGUGGAAAUGGUGGCGCCUGCCCAUUGGUAAAAAUUAAAUGGAGAAUCCAGAAGCCCUGGUUACCUUCCCACCAGCUUAGUGUCCCGUCUUCUCACCGGCCCCCACCUGGGACAGAUGCCAGGGGGAUUACUCACCUUUUCUCCUGCAGCCUUUCCACCCCCAGUGUUCUCUGCAAGACUGACUGGGAAUGGGUCUGGGGAAGGCUAGGGCAUGGAGUGCUAUGGGACAUGUAUGUACACACGUGUGUGCGUUUGUGUGCUGUGUUGGGGGGCAGGUACGUCUGGGAGCUGGGAUGGGGGUGGGGGUGCUGGAGAGACAGCAGAGCAGGUCUUUACAGAACCUGCCUAGCGAGGGUGGGUGGAGCUGGGUGGAGCAGGCAGGAGUGAGUCCAGGUUUCAGAGGGGCAACAGAGUGUGGGUGUAUGUGUGUGGGGGGCAGGUGUUUCGGUGUGUUCUGUGGAUUUAGAGGUCCCCAGCCUCACCCCCGGCCUUAGACUGAGGGAAAUUAAGGAAGCAGGUGGAGAGGGGCUUGGCUCUGGCUUCCCCAACUGCUUUUGAAUUAGAAUGCAAGCUCAGGUAUCCUGGCCAAGAGCCUAGUCUGUGGGCCCUUCUCCUGUGGUGCACCCUGCACUGCGGUCUGCUGGUGAGAAGCUGCUCUGGAAACCUAGAUGCCUGGAUGACCCAAGCACGGCCAGGAUCCCACCCCUCCUCUGCCACUCAGCCCAGUGAGGAGAAGGAUCCUGCCCCCACCCUGGGGCUAUGAGGAUGGAGCGUCGCUGGAUUUUCUCUGAGACAAGCCCACCCGUCCAGCAAAAUAGAGUCCCUCAGGGUGACAGUUGACUUCCUGAAGGUGCCUCUUGGCCUGAAGAAGCCGGUGCUGAAGGAGGUGGCUGUGGGGCCCCCCAAGAGGCCCCAGCCUGCGGCCCUGGAGCGCUAUAAGGCACGGCGUUCAGACGCCAUGGACACCGAGUCCCAGUACUCGGGCUAUUCCUACAAGUCGGGCCACUCCCGCAGCUCCCGCAAGCACAGGGACCGCCGGGACCGACACCGCUCUAAGAGUCGAGAUGGGAGCCGAGGGGACAAGUCGGUGACAAUCCAGGCUCCCGGGGAGCCCCUGCUGGACAAUGAGUCCACACGAGGGGAUGAGCGGGAUGACAACUGGGGGGAAACGACGACAGUAGUAACGGGCACCUCAGAGCACAGCAUCUCCCACGAUGACCUCACGCGCAUCGCCAAGGACAUGGAGGACAGUGUCCCUCUGGACUGCUCCCGUCACCUGGGUGUGGCGGCAGGGGCCACCCUGGCGCUGCUGUCUUUCCUCACGCCGCUGGCCUUCCUGCUGCUGCCCCCACUGCUGUGGCGGGAGGAGCUGGAGCCUUGCGGGACGGCCUGCGAGGGCCUCUUCAUCUCUGUGGCCUUCAAGCUGCUUAUCCUGCUGCUGGGCAGCUGGGCUCUGUUCUUCCGCCGGCCCAAGGCCUCGCUGCCCCGCGUCUUUGUGCUGCGCGCCCUACUCAUGGUGCUGGUUUUCCUGCUCGUGGUCUCCUACUGGCUCUUCUAUGGUGUGCGCAUCCUGGAUGCUCGGGAGCGCAGCUACCAGGGCGUGGUGCAGUUCGCCGUGUCGCUGGUGGACGCCCUUCUUUUCGUACACUACCUGGCCGUGGUCCUGCUGGAGCUGCGCCAGCUCCAGCCUCAGUUCACGCUCAAGGUCGUGCGCUCCACCGACGGCGCCAGCCGCUUCUACAACGUUGGCCAUCUCAGCAUCCAGCGCGUGGCAGUGUGGAUCCUGGAGAAGUAUUACCAUGACUUCCCUGUCUACAACCCUGCCCUCCUCAACCUGCCCAAGUCCGUCCUGGCCAAGAAAGUGUCUGGCUUCAAGGUGUAUUCCCUCGGAGAGGAAAACAGCACCAACAACUCCACUGGCCAGUCUCGGGCUGUGAUCGCAGCGGCAGCUCGGAGGCGGGACAACAGUCACAAUGAGUACUACUAUGAGGAGGCUGAGCAUGAGCGAAGGGUGCGCAAGAGGAGGGCCAGGCUUGUAGUGGCAGUGGAAGAGGCCUUCACUCACAUUAAGCGGCUGCAGGAAGAGGAGCAGAAGAACCCCAGGGAAGUGAUGGACCCCCGGGAGGCAGCCCAAGCCAUCUUCGCAUCCAUGGCCCGUGCCAUGCAGAAGUACCUUCGGACCACCAAGCAGCAACCCUACCACACCAUGGAGAGCAUCCUGCAGCACCUCGAAUUCUGCAUCACGCAUGACAUGACGCCCAAGGCCUUCUUGGAGCGAUACUUGGCGGCUGGACCUACCAUCCAGUACCACAAGGAACGCUGGCUGGCCAAACAGUGGACACUGGUGAGCGAGGAGCCGGUGACCAACGGGCUUAAGGAUGGCAUCGUUUUCCUCUUAAAACGCCAGGACUUCAGCCUGGUGGUCAGCACUAAGAAGGUCCCAUUCUUCAAACUCUCCGAGGAAUUUGUGGAUCCCAAGUCGCACAAGUUUGUCAUGAGGCUGCAAUCUGAGACCUCAGUGUGACUGUGCAACAGCAGGGGGGAGUGGGAGACUCUGGGGGGCUCCUGAGGGAGUAGGAAGGGGCUUGGUUCUCAGGCCCAGCCACAUUCCUGCCACCCUUCUUCUUCUUGCUCUUGUUUUUUUUUUGUUGUUGUUGUUUUUGUUUUUUUUUACUUGAAUUAACUUACCCCCACCUUCUCUCGCCUCUUCCUUAUUUUACCCCAUGUGAACCUGGACCAUCCUGCUGUCAACAGUACCUGGGAAGGACCCCUCUCCCCUGCCCCCAACAACUUUUGUAUUACUCUAGGCGCUGCAGGAAUCAGUGCCUCUCUCCCUCUUCUUUCCCUUCCUAGUCUUUUCCCAGAUUGCAGUCUCUCCUGAAAGGGCACAGGACCCUGCUAAUUGUACCUUCCCCUCCUGAGCCUCGACUCACAAACCCAAGUUCUUGCAGCAUUUCUCUUCAGUGGCCCCAGCAGGGUUUCUCUGGGGCACAUGGUCAUGACUCCAGAGAGCCACAGUGCCAAAUUCCUCCAGGGCAGCAACUAGCCCUCCUGUCCCUCACACCAGCCACAACAAACCCUGGGUUCUGGGGCAGGGAUACUCCUGCCACACAGUCUGAGUUAGGAAUCUCCUUGCCAGGAGCAUUUGCUUCCACAUAUAUUUAGAGCAAAGAAGGAUCCCAUCCUUUUCCCAGAAAUCUCCGCCUCAUGUUUUUGGUUUGUAUGGUCACGUGACCAUAGGCAAACAAGUGGAAACUGUCUGUGACCACUUUUCCAGGGACUUGGGGGAAGGUACCUUUCUUCCAAUGUGUCUUUCCUAGGCAGUCCCUGAGGAGGAGGGCUGAAUAGAUCCCUGAGGGUUUGGAGAGACCCCCAUCAUUGACUCCUGCUCCCUGACCCUACCCUCACUUUCCUCCCUGCUCUUCCCAGUGAAGGAUGGUAAGUCCUGUACAGACUUAGUGGCUUGCAGACCCUGACCCAGCCCCUGUGGUCUUAGACAAAUGUUUUUAUUUUUGUCAUCAGCCACCCCUGUCCUGCUGUCUUCUCUCGACUCCAGAGACCUGUUGCCUCAUCUCUUUUGGGGAAGAGCUGGCAGCUCCUCCUCAUCCCCUGCCUUAAGUCCAGUUCUUUGCCUCAGGGGUCUGGUUUCCUUGGCCUUCCAGGGUCCCUACCCCUUUUCUCCCUGCCUGAUUCUCUGAGCUCUGGGCUCCCUCUGUACUGGGUUGACGGACAAGGAUCACUGCCUUUUGUAGGUACUUCACCCCUCACCCCAUUUUAGCUUCCAUAGUCUUUGCACCAAAUCCAAAUUCUUGAUAAUUUAGAUCUCAUUUUGAGCAAAAUUUGCUGGUCCUCUAAUAAAUCUUUUCAAUAUAAAUCUGAGCCUUUGACUCAGACAUUUUUGCCAAGGAAAAUAGAAUUAGGAAGUACCCAUAUACAUCUAGCCAGGAUCCACAUGGAGGACCUUUCCAAUGGCUGCAAUGACUAGGCCAUUCCUCUGAGUAACUCACAGUGUCCCUUUGUAGGCCCUUCUUUUCCCUAGAAGACUUGUUGGUACUUACCUUGCAGAGCACAUCCUGGGAUAAGAUCCUCAGGGUCUCACCUGGGCGGCCCCCUCUCUGUGUAGUGCCAGCCCUGGGAAUGAUGGAGCCUAGUGAUCGGGGUUUCUCCUGCUGUCCUUUCUGCAAAAGUUCACCUGUUCACCCACCACAUGCCAGAGAGGGGCUCAUUGGCCAAUGCCUACCUUGCCCCCAAAGGGGUGGGUUGUGGAGCUCACUUAGGCAUGGCCUCUGGCUGGGGCCAGGGUUACGAGAUAGGCCUGUAUGAAAUACGUCCUGUUCUAGGGGUCUGUCUCUUUUCUUCUCUUCAAAAUCCUUGUGUCAGAGGAGUCCCUUCUUAGUCACAUAAAUACCUCACUAUCCUGGAAAACAGGGCCUGGAUGGUGACUGGGGUCAUUGCCUUUGGGGGCAGGAUGGAGUGUGGUAUGGUCUGAGGAGCAGAUUGGGGUUGGAGAGAGGGAAAGGAUUUGGGAUCUUAGUUGCUGUCCUAGGUUAGGGGCAGGGGAGUGUUUAUUUUAAGAUCCUGCCAUGUUUUGAAUCACUGUGAUUUUUUUUCAUUCCCCUUUCCUAAAAAAAAGAAUUUUCUCCUCCAACUCUCUCUCUAAGCACUAAGGGCUGUGUCUGAGAAUGGUAACAUUUUGGUCUUUUGCGUCAGAACUGUGGUAUCUGUCUUCUUUCAUUGUUGUUGUUGUUAUUAUUAUUAUUAUUAUUAUUACUUUUGUUUUUUAAAAUGUCAGGAUGAAUUGUCAGACGUAUGGCCAUGUGUUUGUCCUCUGCUUCUCCUCUGUGGGAAGUUGUCUCCAUGCUGUAAACUGCUGUGGGGUGUGCGGCUGACUCAGUCCCUCUGAGCAGUUUCCCCACUGUGUCUGUCCCAUCAUGCGCUGGAUCUGCUCAUUCUCCUGCUGUGGGGGUGUGCCCACCUCUUACCCCCUAGACACCAUAGGGCUGCUGUGGCUGGGCCUCUCCAGUACUCUCUUUUGUGUGACUCAUGGCAUCCUCGCUCAUCCCCACCGUGCCUAGCAGGCCUUCCUUUUCACCACCUCGGAACGCUUGCCCUUCCUCCCUCCACACCAGGACGCUGUGCCUCAGUCCUUCACCUACCUCGCCACUCUGCCACUGUCCUCAUUGGUCCUUUCUCCUAAACUAGUCUUUGUGCUCUCUUUUUUUCUUGUUUAUUUCCCUCUUGUCUCUCAUCUUUUCUUCCUCUUCCCUCCCAUUUCAGUCCUUUGCUUUUCUCUUUCCCAUCUCCACUCAGUAUUCCAAUGGCAAACCCUGAUGUAACACCUUUGAUGAGACAUCGGGCUCUCCGGAACUUUCUCAUUUGACACAUCUUUUCCCCAGGGUUUGUACUUCUCUUCUUUCCCAGGCGAACUCCCCUGUUCCUCUGUGGUGUCUGUCAGUCUGUCUGUCUUCUCCUUCCUCUGCCCUUCCCACGGGGCAGCAUCUGCUGAUGGAUUCAGUCCUGGUGUGUGAUUGUUGUGAUUUGUUCUUCUGUGCGCAAAAGGAAGGGGGCUUUUUGAGUCCCUUCCAAGUGAGAUUGUAAAUGUAGAAUUUUCCACUGUUGGAUCUAGAUUUUUUUUCUUUUUUUGGGGGGGGUUACAGAGCUGAGACCUUGUGCAUGCAUGUAGAAAAUUGUAAAAUGUAAAUUUUUUUUUAAUAUAUAAAAAGCUUGUUUCUACAGUUUGCAGUGGAUCUAAACAUUAUGGCAAUUUUAGGGUUUUUUUCUUAAACAUAGGAACUAAAACUGUACAAAUUUUUUUUUAUAUAAAAUAAAGACAUUUGACUUUUGUGGGGG